AUGCUUUUUAAUCAAACAAUCUGGAAAAAAAUAAUUCAUUCAACUCCUCGAUAUUAUUUUUUCCAGCCACCUUUUUUUGAUGUUAACAAGGAUUAUUAUAAGAUUUUAAAUUGCAAUCAUACUGAUUCUGAACAAAAAUUGAAACAAGAAUAUUAUAAAUUGGCUAAAUUAUAUCAUCCUGAUAUCAGCAAAGGAAAUGAAGAAAAGUUUAAAUAAAUAACUGAAGCUUGGGAUGUACUUUAUUGAUGAUCAAUAUAGGUUUUAUCUGAUAAGCACAGAAAAUAAUAAUAUGAUGCAGCUAGAACUUAUAAUUAUGAUUUCUAAAAAUUUACAUCCAGUUAUAAUCAAUCUAGUUAACAAAAUACUUCCAGAAGUUUAUAAUUAUUUCAUAAUUCAAGGCAAUACCAAUCAUCAGUAAUUCUCUUAAGAACAAAUGGAACAAAUGAAAAAGUAAACUGAAGAAUUUAUGAAAAUGUUUUAAAAUGGUCAUUUUAAGGAGUUUUCUUAAGCAUUUAAAUAAGCUACUUAAAAUGAUCCUAAAUAUAAGAACGUUCAUACAUUUAUAAAUAUGGCUGAAAAAGUCGAAAAAUUUUAUAAAGAAAGGCAACAAACUCAAAUGGAAAAUGAAAUUAAAAAGGAAUAAAACUUUUCUAAUUUUGUAAAUAAAGAAGAUAGACUAAAAUAAUCAGUAGAUAACAUCAAAAAUGGAAUCAAAGGUAUUUGGAAUAAGAUUUCAAAAAAAUGACUAUGUUUAGUUAAAAAAUUUAUGAGAGAAGAUGUUUAAUGCAGGCUUUUUUUUAUCCAUCCUUAAUUAUAAUAAUCCUAUUUAAAAUUAAGACAGCUGUCAAUUCAAAUGUGCGAUAUGUAUUCAAGUUGAGAUUUUCUAUAGGCCAAUCAAAAACAUCUUG